UGGAUGGGGUGUUUCACUAGGCCAUCGUGGACCCCAUUGUUUCUCUGGAUUAAGUCAAGAGGGUGAUUAAAGAAUACUGGUUAGAAGUUUAACUCAGUGAACAACAAACAUCUUGAAGCUUGGACCGUCUCUGCUACUGUGCUGAAAAGCUGAGGAUAGCAAUAAUCCUUUUGGGCUUGGAAGGUGACAUCCAUCCCAGUUGAUAGGAUUACCGAGCUCCCAGAUGAGUACUUUUGGUUGGACAUGAAGUAUCUGCAAGUUCUCUACCUCCACGACAACAUCAUUGGUGACGUGGACAACACUGAAGCCCUCUCUGCCUGCCCGCGGCUUACUGUUCUCACCCUGUUUGACACCCCCGUGAGCCUCAUGCCAAAGUAUCGACAUUUCAUUGUCAACAACAUCUGGUCUCUCAAAGCGCUGGAUAACUUUGUCAUUGCAGAUGAGGAAGUCAUGGAGGACAACUUGAAGAGCCACCAGUUCAGAGCUCUCAGCCGGAAGUUCUUCAUUUAUCCUCCAGUACCUCCAGAGAUCUCGACCUGGUGCAGUGAGUUGGAGAAUAUCAGAAACCUGAUGGCCACCAUAAACAACAUCCUUGCCCAUCACUCUCCAGUGCACAUCAUCCAGCGAUGGAUCCGUGGGCACCUCACCAGGAAGAGGCUGCGGCAUGCCUCAAACCUUGGUCAUCGAUGGUGCCUGCCACGCCAGAAGCUGAGCUUGUGUAACAGGGGCAUCCAUAUGCUGGCAGACGGCAGGAUGUGGGUGGAGGAGGGCAGGAACAGUCGGUGCAACACGGUCCAGCUACAGAUCGACCUGAACAAGCUGCACGCCGGGGCACUGGAGGAUCGAUACGAAGCCAGGGAAAUAACGUCUGGGAUUUACCCGCACAUCUCCCGGUGGAAAAGGUGGGAGUCUCCGAACCUGAGACCUCAGCGAGACAACGCCUUCAAGCCCAGGACGUUCCGCCAGCCGAGGUUCGACCCCAGCACAGAAUACGUACAGCUUGUAUGAGUGAUCUCAGCAGUGCCAGAGGCAGGGUCCACACACACUUGGUGGGCUGUGGACACACUCACUGAGGACUUUAUACUUCACAACUAUCAAACAGCACAAUAAAUAAAUCUACACAAACUGUUCCUUUAUUUUGAUUCAGCUUUUUUCCCCCCAAACCUUGGCUUCCCUCACAAAGCAAUGAGAGUUUGAGCACACACCCCUGACCUGCACACACCCUGGAAUGGAACACUGAUCAUCUGUUGUGGACAAGCUGCUCACAACAGGGAGCUGGUAGCUGUGGGGAGCUUGGCCAAGCAGACCUUAGACAAGUGGAUGAUCCAAAUCCAUUCAGUCGGAGCUCACGGGUUAGUGUUACUGUGGCAUGGUGUCACUGACCACAUACAGGUUCAUUGAUCAGUGACAGAACAUUUAACACAAGUGUGGGUCCAGGGAACAAGAGACUGAGACACAGACAGAAUGCAGCCUUGGUUUCCUGCCCCGACCUCAUUCAAAGCUUCCAAGCUCAGUAUCCUCUGAAGUGACUCACAGUGGCCUCCCCACCUUGCAUCCAAUUGGCCAAGCCAAGAAAAGUUUCUGGAAGGCCACACACAGCAGAGGUACAGCAAGCCAGAGCAGCCCUGGUGUUCAGCAGUGGAGAACAUCAACAGCGGCCCACAGGGGACACAGGCAGUGAGGGAGUGAAGUUGGCACUGACCCCACCCGAGGCAGGAGACUGACCUUGAAGAGCAGUGAACCCUGGACUCUGGGAGCCCAGUGAAGACUCCUGUGACCAGCCCCAUGCACGAUGGAUGGUGCUGGGACUCGGACAGAUAGUUAGAGCCCAAGUAGUGCACGAUGGACCGUCUGAGUGUGUGAAUAAAGCUGAGUUUACACAGGGAUCCAACAUAAAAGUGUAGCAUCUGGUAAAACCCACGUACAGGGACAGUGGUCAAAGUGCUGAGAAAGAGCAGGAGCAACUGUGACAUACCAUGGAAGGUGCUUCUGCUCUUUACAAGACAAUGCUGGGGGACGUCUCAUGACUAGCCGAGGGCAGACAGGCUGUGGUUAAUGUCUCACGAAGGACGCAGUCUUCGACAACGUGGGACCCCUCACACUGGGAGAGCUCAGCCAGAUUUCAGGAGUCAGUGCCUACGCUGAGGAUUGAAGCACAACCUCUAGACUUGGAUGAGAGAGCUGAGCGCUGAACCAUGGCCGACAAAAGCAUUGACCCAAUGUCUGCCUUCCCAAAGCUCCAUCACUAAUCAUUUAACCUGUCCUGAUCCUCAGUCUCAGGCUGAGCUGGACCAGUGUUAAGGUGAAGCAGUAGUCCUUGCAUCAAACACUCCAUCGGUGAUGUCACUGACCAACCUCAGAGCUCAGCUGGCCAAUUCCCUGUGAUGACGUCAUGUUCUCUCAGCUUCAACAGAAAGCUUUCCGAACCUCCACCUUGUGACACUCGGGGCUGGGGACACGUCACUGAUGGAAGAGACCACAGGACAUCGUGGUUGGUAGAGGCGAGGGUGAGGUUAGAACUUUAAAUGUGAUCUACCAGUCCUGGGUGCUUGGGGCCUCAGUGGAGGGGGAGACGAACUGAGGAGGGGGUCCCUGUGUUAUCUGAUGUUCCCUACUACCUGCUGGAGAGCACGGGCGCUGUGAGAGGGAGAAACAGGAGACAAGAGGCAGAUAUACCAGAGGGACAAGAACACAACUGUUCAGAGGAAAGGGCAUCACAGAACCUUGAUUCUUUCCCCCUCCACAGCUGCUGCCUGACCUGCUGACUGCUUCCAGUAGUUUCAGUUUUUAUCUCUGGCUACCAGCAUCUGCAGUUCUUUUGCUGUUCAAAGCUCAGUGAAUCUCACACAGGUCAAUGCCACACAUGGGGCUAGUGGCCCUGAUGUACCUGUUCCCACUUAUUGAAAGUGCUUCCAAUUAGUCCUGUGCCCCACA